UCCUGCGGUGGGGACGGCCGAGCCAUGGCAGCCCUGCUGAGACCAGCUCGCUGGCUCCUCCGAGCCGGGGCAGCCCCGCGCCUCCCGCUCUCCCUGCGCCUCCUCGCAGGCGGCUUGAGCCGGCCGCACGCCGUCCCUUUUCUGCCCGCCGGCCGCGGCGGGCCCCUUGCAGGAGGGCUACUGAACCAAGCCAGGCGAUAUGCCAUUGCUGUUGAGAAAAAGAAUUAUCUUCAAGAGGAGCCUGCUUCUUCUCAUAGAAGGACUGCCAGUCAGUUUGACUGGGCUCUAAUGAGACUGGAUAAUUCUGUCCGAAGAACUGGCCGCAUCCCAAAGACUCUACUACAAAAAGUCUUUGACAAUACCUGUAACUCAGGUAGCCCAGGUGGUAAUCAAGCCUUGCUUCUCUUGCGUAGCUGUGGUUCUCUCUUGCCUGAACUACAGCUCUCAGAGAGAACAGAAUUUGCUCAUAGGAUAUGGGACAAACUUCAAAAAUUGGGUACUGUGUAUGAUGUAAGUCACUACAAUGCUUUACUUAAAGUCUAUCUUCAAAAUGAAUAUAAAUUUUCACCAACUGACUUCUUGGCAAAAAUGGAGGAAGCAAACAUUCAACCAAAUCGAGUGACAUAUCAGAGGUUGAUUGCUGCGUAUUGUAAUGUGGGAGAUAUUGAAGGUGCCAGCAAAAUUCUUGGAUUCAUGAAAACUAAGGAUCUGCCUGUCACAGAGGCAGUUUUCAGUGCCCUUGUUACAGGGCAUGCAAGAGCCGGAGAUAUAGAGAAUGCAGAAAAUAUUUUCUCAGUGAUGAAAGAGGCUGGAAUUGAGCCUGGUCCAGACACAUACCUAGCAUUAUUGAAUGCAUAUGCUGAAAAGGGUGACAUUGACCGUGUUAAGCAGACUCUGGAGAAGGUGGAGAAGUCUGAUCUUUACCUUAUGGACCGUGAUUUAUUGCAAAUUAUUUUUAGUUUCAGUAAAGCUGGGUAUUCUCAACAUGUCCCAGAAAUUUUGGAAAAAAUUACAUACGAAAGAAGAUAUAUUCCAGAUGCAAUGAACCUCAUUUUGCUUUUAGUCACCGAGAAAUUGGAAGAUACAGCAUUCCAAAUUUUAUUAGCAUGUCCUGUAUCAAGGGAAGGCAGUCUGAGUGAUUUUGGCAGUUUCUUUUUGCGACACUGCGUGACUAUGGAUACGCCUGCAGAGAAGCUGAAAGACUACUGCAAGAAGUUAAAGGAGUCCCAGAUGCACACAUCUCCUUUGCAGUUCACACUUCAGAGCGCUUUACUAGCCAAUAAAACUGAUUUGGCAAAAGCUCUGAUGAAGGCUCUGAAGGAAGAAGGUUUUCCUGUCAGAACUCAUUAUUUCUGGCCAUUGCUAGUGGGACGUCAGAAGGAGAAAGAUGUUCAAGGCGUAAUUGAAGUUCUCAAAGCAAUGCAUGAAAUGGGAAUAAGUCCUGAUCAAGAGACAUAUAUAAAUUAUGUGUUUCCAUCCUUUGAUAGUGUGAGGUCAGCUCGUGCUGUUUUGCAGGAAAAUGGAUGUCUACAUGAAAGUAAUGUAUUUUCACAAGCUGAAUUGAGAAAUGAAGCAAUUAAUGGGAACUUAGCCUUUAUUUUAUCAUUUUUGGAAUCAAAUACACAGCCUUUGUCAUUCUCUUCUUUGAGAGGCAGUCUAAGUCUAGGCUUUAGGAGGUCUAUGGAUAUAAAUCUUUGGAGCAAGAUAACAGAACUGUUGUAUAAGGAUGGACGUUAUUGCCAGGAGCCUCCAGGACCAACGGAAGCUGUUGGCUAUUUUCUUUAUAACUUGAUUGACAGCAUGAGUGACUCAGAGGUACAGGCCAAGGAGGAGCGUUUGAGACAAUACUUCCAUCAGCUGAAGGAGAUGAAUGUAAAAAUUCCUGAAAAUAUCUACAGAGGCAUUCGUAAUCUACUGGAUAGCUACCAUGUUCCCGAAUUGAUUAAGGAUAUUAAUAUAUUGGUUGAAAGAGAGAAGAUAGACUAUCGAAAAACUGUGCAAUUGCGAUCAUCUGUUUUGGAGUCUACACUUGAAAAACUAAAAGCUGCAAAUCAACCUAUAGGAGAUGUCCUAAAGCAACUCAUACUAGCGCUUUGUUCAGAAGAGAACAUGCAAAAAGCUCUUGAAUUGAAAGCAAAAUAUGAAUCCGACAUGGCUGUUGGUGGCUAUGCUGCUUUAAUAAAUUUGUGCUGUCGCCAUGAUAAUGCAGAAGAUGCAUUGAACCUGAAACAAGAAUUUGACCGUUUAGAUUCAUCUGCUGUCCUUGACCCCGGCAAGUACGUAGGCCUUGUAAAAGUAUUGGGAAAACAUGGCAAGCUCCAAGAUGCUAUUAACAUUCUAAAGGAGAUGAAAGAGAAGGAUGUUCUUAUCAAAGAUGCAACGGUCUUGUCCUUUUUCCACAUCCUAAAUGGCGCAGCUCUAAGAGGUGAAACUGAAACAGUGAAACGGUUGCAUGAAGCCAUCAUGACACUAGGGUUAGCGAAACCAUCCUCAGCCUUAAGUUCCCCAUUGGUCACUCUGUAUCUGGAAAAGGAUGACUUAGGUGCUGCUCUGGAAGUCGCCAUCGAUUGCUAUGAAAAAUAUAAAGUAUUACCAAGGAUUCAUGAUAUCUUAUGUAAACUGAUAGAGAAGGGCGAGACUGAUCUAAUUCAGAAAGCGAUGAACUUUGUGAGCCAAGAACAAGGUGAAAUGACGAUGCUGUAUGAUCUCUUCUUUGCCUUCCUACAAACAGGAAAUUACAAAGAGGCCAAGAAGAUCAUUGAGACUCCAGGCAUUAGAGCUCGAUCUACAAGACUUCAGUGGUUUUGUGAAAGAUGUAUUUCAAGUAAUCAGGUUGAAGUUCUAGAAAAAUUAGUGGAGCUGACACAGAAGUUGUUUGAAUGUGAUAGAGACCAGCUGUACUACAGUCUACUAAAAUUGUAUAAAGUAAAUGGUGACUGGCAAAAAGCUGAUGCUGUGUGGAAUAAAAUGCAAGAAGAAAAUAUUAUUCCACGUGCAAAGACAUUAAGAUUAUUAGCAGAAAUCCUUAGAAACAGUAAUCAAGAGGUUCCGUUUGACGUACCUGAGCUGUGGUAUGAAGAUGAAAAUCACUCCCUGAAUUUUUCAUCACCCUCACAUACAGAAAGUAAUUUCCAGAAAGAUCUGUUGAAUGCCUGCCAACGAAAGAGAAGCAAAGAUGCAUAUACUAUUUUCCUGAAGGCACAAAAGCAAAGCAUUAUUUUCAACAGUGAGACUUACAGCAAUCUUAUAAAAUUAUUGUUGGAGAAGGAUAGUUUCAUAGAAGCAGUGCAAGUAAAAGAAUUCGCUGAGACCCACAUCAAGGGCUUCACACUGAACGAUGCUGCCAACAGCCUCCUCAUCAUAACGCAAGUUAGGCGGGAUUAUUUGAAAGAGGCUCUAACAACACUAAAAGCAGCCUUGGAUCUGGAGCAGAUACCUUCUAGGCUGGCAGUGACCCGCCUUAUUCAGGCAUGUGCCUUGAAGGGUGAUGUAGAAAGCAUUCUGGCGAUUCAGAAGAUGGUAGAUGGACUCGAACAUUCAAUUGGACUUUCAAAUAUGGUUUUCAUCAAUAAUAUUGCUUUGGCACAAAUAAAGAACAAUAACAUAGAUGUUGCCAUAGAAAACAUUGAGAAUAUGCUUACUUCAGAGAAUCAAACUGUGGAACCCCAGUACUUUGGCUUGGCAUACUUAUUCAGAAAAGUAAUAGAGGAGCAGUUGGAACCAGCAGUUGAAAAGAUAAGCAUCAUGGCAGAGAGACUGGCCAAUCAGUUUGCAGUUUACAAACCCGUCACUGAUCUUUUCCUUCAGCUUCUGGAAUCAGGCAAAGUGGAUGAUGCCAGAGCUCUCCUACAGAGAUGUGGUGCAAUUGCUGAACAAACUUCAAUCUUCUUGGUGUUCUGUGUGAGGAGCUCUCAGAGACCAGGAAAGGCAUCAACUCUGAAAUCUUUGUUGGAAUUGAUUCCUGAAUUAAUUGAAAAGGAAGAAGCAUACACUUCGGUCAUGAAAAGCUAUGUCUCAGACAAGGAUGUUGUAUCUGCUAAAGCGCUGUAUGAACAUCUGAUGGCAAGGAAUGUAAAAUUGAACAAUCUGUUUCUAAAGCGUUACGCAUUUUUGCUGAAGAAUGCUGGAGAGCCUGUCCCCUUUACCGAACCCCCUGAAAGCUUUGAAUUUUAUGCAAAGCAGUUGAAGGAAUCAAGGGAAAACCCUUUGUGAAGCAAGCAGGCACUACUUUAUUUUGUGCGUAUUUGUGAUUCAGUGUCUAAAAUGCUAUUUUUUAAAUACAUUUGAGAGGACAGAAUAAAUAAAUGAAAAGUUA